CAGACCCACCCCUUUUGCAUCUAUCAUUUGGAUAUUUAAUCCCUUUGGUCCAAACCUCAUUUUCAAGUCAUCUUCCACCCUCCCUCCUUAUUUGACCCAAAAAAAUCCUAUCUUUUUCUUUCUGUCUUUUUGAACUGGUUUGAGAUAUAUGGCCAUGGAUGAACAGCAAUCAUCAGAGGUAUUGCCAUCAGAAAAUGGAAGAGAAUUGUCAGAGAAUUACAGAGAAGAGGGAAGAGAAAAGAGCUCUCAUCAUCAUCCUCAACCAGGAACCACCUCUUUUCCUGGUGGCUUCAUUGGGAAACAUAGGUUGCAAGCAGCCCUAACCCAUCUCAAUAACCAAAUUUCCAUUUUGCAGGAAGAAUUGGAAAAGGUUGAAACAUUUGGUGAAUCCUCCACCGUUUGCAAGGAUUUAAUUUCAAGCGUUGAAUCUACACCAGAUCCUCUCCUUCCAUGCACUAAAGGAUCAGUUGAUGCUGCUUGGGAUCGAUGGUUCGGAUCUACCCACCAUUUUCGAAAUCACAAACGUUGGAUUUAGAUAUUUGUUUUGUUUUCUAUUUAUAUAUUUUAUUUUUUUUAUAUGAAAUAUGAACACAAUUUAAUAUAUUUUCCUGCCAUUGAUGAGGGAGAUUGUAAUGUUAUUCCACACUCAUGAAUGAAUCACAUCUUCUUUAAGCUUUUAA